AGAAGCUAGUCGCUCAUUGCAGAUCCUGACCAGCAGCAAAUGGAGAACAUUCGUUCACCUCUGAUGGAUCGCAAGCUCAACGUGUUUGAGGCUGUGGACCAAGGGAGGAAAGUUGUACCACAGUUACAGCUUCAGUCUCGGCUGCCCCAGCCUUCAGCGAAGAAAGUAAAACGGUCACUGGAGGAGGAACGUGCUGAUCAGAAUGAUAGCAUGCCAGCAAUAGCGAAGAAGCUUCGGAGUAAUGAUGUGCCUCCAGCCUCUGUCGCUUCAAGCAGUCAUGUGUUGGGCAGGUCUAAAGUCUCUGUCAAGGCAGGAGUCAGGAGCCAGUAUGGAGUACGACCUGCAAAUACAGUCACUGGUCCAGGAGCCAAGGGACGACCUAUGGCUUCUACGGCCACAGUAGCAGGAGGACCAUCCAGGGGAAGGAGCUCAGCCCGGGUUCUCCAGGUCACUAACUGUGGUGGCUUUCUAGCUGGAGAGUCAGGUGCAACAAAGAAACCAACUGCUUCAGUGUCAACCACUUCAUCUACCGUCCCUAAAUCGGCUGCAGCCAAGAAACGCCCUGUUUGGGAUCUGAAGGGUCGGCUGGGUGACAUGGAGGCCACAAUGUCGGGCUACUUAAACCGCCUGCAGUCCCUCGAGGUUCACAACACGGAGCUGCAGGAGAACAUCGAUGUGAAGGAGAAGCAGACGAGUGCCGCGAGCUCGCAGAUCAAAGAGCUGGAGAGUGACCUGCAGAAGGUGAAGAUGCAACUGAAGAGAACUCAGAGUGAGCUGCAGGAAUGCCAGGAUGAGAAUUCCACCAUCAAGCGAGCGAAGGAGCGGUGUGAGAGCGACAUGGAGUGUGCCAGGGUGCAGGUCCGGGAGCUGGGGAAGCUCGUCAGUGAGCUCCAGGCCACCAAACUUACUCUCACCACCAUCGUAGACACCAAUGAGUGCAAACUGAAAGCCAACCGAGCCGAGCUGGCAGACAAGAGCCAGUGUGUGGAGGAACUGCAGGCCCUGGUGACCUCACUGCGAGAAGACAUAGCAGAGAAGGAGGAAGAGCUACACAGGAAAGAAGUGGAAAGGCGCUGGUUACACAAUCUGGUCCAAGAACUCAAGGGCAACAUCCGUGUGUUCUGCCGAGUCCGGCCUCUGCUAGACUCGGAGACAGACAAGUGCAAAGACAUGAGCCAUGUUCAGUUCACGACCAAUGACAAGAAAGCGAUCGUGUUGGCCAAGAUGGAAGAAUCUCGCACUGGCCGAGAUCGGAAAGUUGAGCUGAAAUACGACUUCAGUUUUGACCACGUUUUCAAUCCCAAGGCCAGGCAGGUGGAGGUCUUUGAGGAAAUCGCUCAGCUUGUCCAGUCUGCCUUGGAUGGAUACAACGUUUGCAUAUUCGCAUACGGCCAGACAGGCAGUGGGAAGACCUACACCAUGGAAGGACCUGACGACAUCACGACUGAAACCAACGGGAUGAUCCCACGAGCUGUCAAUCAAAUCUUCCUGAGCGCAGCCAAGAUGGAAUCCAUGGGUUGGACUUUCAAUUUCACGGCCAACUUUCUGGAGAUCUACAAUGAGUCGCUGCGGGACUUGCUGGUGACCAAACCGGAGAAAAACACCGAGUACGAGAUCAAGCUGGUCAGCUCCACCAGCGAACAGCUCCAUGUCACCAACCUGAAAUACGUGCCCGUCAGCACAGAGGCAGAGGUACACAAGCUUCUGACGGUGGCAAAAGCCAAUCGCUCCGUGGCCAAAACAGCGGCCAACGACCGCUCAUCCCGCAGUCACAGCGUCUUCCAGCUCCAGAUUCACGGGAAGCACGCUCAGCGAGAACUGCAGUGCACGUCGAUCCUGAGUCUGGUGGACCUGGCCGGCAGCGAGCGCCUGGACAAGUCCCAGUCGAAGGGGGAUCGUCUGCGAGAGGCCCAGGCCAUCAACACCAGCCUCUCCUGCCUGGGCCACGUGAUCACCUCCCUCUCCAACAAGGACUCCCACAUCCCCUACAGGAACAGUAAGCUGACCUACCUACUGCAGAGCAGCCUGGGCGGCAAUUCGAAGACGUUGAUGUUUGUGAACAUCUCUCCCUUGGAUGAGAAUUUCUCCGAAUCCCUCAACUCCCUGCGCUUUGCCAGCAAGGUGAACGAGUGUAUCAUUGGAACCGCACAGGCCAACCGCAAGUGACCGGGCCUCCAGCGAGGGCCCAACACACAGAGUCCCGUCUCUCUCUACCCUCCCCGUAUGUUAAUGGCUUCAAAGUAUUUUAACCCUAAGCUCGCAGCCCCGAGCUCUCAGCUCUUUUGCUGGUUUCUUUGAUUUGAGAGAGAAUGGUGGCGUGUGGGUCUUCGACCCCAUCGUUACACUGAGCCUUGUUGGGCCUUUAGCACAGUCCCAACCCCUGUGUGUGUGUUGGACAGUCUGUGUGUAUGUGUGUGUG